ACGAGCGGCCAUGGUCGGCUUAUUCUAUCUUCCUUGUCCUCAUGUGGACAAAGCCUUACCUCUUCGAACUUUUUUCGUCUCUUUGUUCAUUUUCGCAGUUAACAGAAGGCGAUUCCCCUCGCUUUGAGAAGAAGAAGAAGUUGGAGGAGAAGCGUUAGAAUCGGCGGACAAAGAAGAAGAGGAGCAGAGACGGCCAUGGAUUUGUCCGUAUCCUGCGGUGGAGAGAAAGAGAAUUUUGCAAUUAUCUUGGGGUUGAUAGCAAUGCAAUUGCUCUAUGGAUCUUUUUCUGUGUUCAUGAGCAGAGUUCUUUCCACGGGACUCAAUCCUCAGUUUGUCGUCAUCUUUGGUAGCCUUCUCACCGCCAUCAUACUCUCCCCAGUUGCUUUUUUCUUGGAAAAGGGGAAGAGACCCUCCAAGUUAAGCCCAAGGCUGUUAAUCCAAUUUUUCUGCAUCUCAGUUGGGGGGGUGACUGCGUUUCAAUCGCUUCUCUUAUUGGGCAUCCACAAGACAUCCCCUGCCAUUGCCUCUGCCAUGCCCAACUUGUCUCCUUCUCUUGUCUUCCUCAUUGCCUGGUUUAUUGGGUUAGAGGUGGUGGACCUAAGGAGCGGGCGGAGCUGGGCCAAGAUUGUAGGGACAUUGGUCUGUUUGGGAGGCGCCAUGGCCCUGGCCUUUCUUAGGGGCCCCUCGAUCUCUCACUGGCUCACCUCCCAAGCCCCCGACGAUGACAUGUUCAUCGGCUGCAUGUAUCUCCUCGUUGCAGUUUUCGCUCUCUCCUGUGUUACCAUCCUUCAGGCUGCAACUCUGAUGCACUACCCAGCGCCUCUUUCGCUCUGUGCCAUAACCUACUGGAUGGGCUCGGUCUUCACGGCAGCUCUGCAUGUGGUUCAGGAGCGAGGGUUCGACCUGGGUUGGUCCCAACUCAGCCCUGCUGCCCUUUUUGGGGCCGCUCUUGUGGGAGGUUUUGUGAAUGGAACGUCCUUCAGCUUCCAAGCUUGGUCGAUCAAGAAAAAGGGACCAGUUAUGGUAUCUGCCUUCCAUCCAAUUAGCACCAUUUGGUCUGCCAUCCUCUCAUUCCUCCUUUUAGGCCAUUCAUUACGUUUAGGGAGCAUCAUAGGGAUGGUCCUUGUAUUCAUUGGUCUAUAUCUUGUGCUGUGGGGCAAGAAUAAAGACAGAUACGCCCUUCCUCUUCCUCUUGAAGCCAACAAUGAAGGUGAUUUGCUUGAGAAGCAAGAACGGAUUAAACCCUUGCUGGGUUGAAUCGAAUCGACUCUGCAGAAUGAGCAGUGAAGGAGUUAGCUCUAUGGCAACUGCUUUUGUACAGUUUCUAACCACAUCAAGCACGCAGAUGUCAAACAUUAAAGAUAUGGUGAAAUAUCGUAGUGAAUUUUCAUUUUCUUUC